AUGAGCGAAUCAAAUGCUACUACCGGUACUACGACCGUCUGGUUAACUGUGGAAGGCAUGAUGUGCCAGAGAAACUGUGGGUCUACUGUGGAGAAUGCACUUCGUGGCGUCCCUGGAGUGUUGGAUGCCAAGGCGUCAUUUGCUACCUCGUCGGCGUGGGCUACCCUUGCGGCCGGCACUAACGCCUCGGAUGUGGUGGAAGCCGUAGAAGACGUCGGCUUUGAUGCCAGCUUGAAAACAACUCGAAAAAUCUACUGUCAAGUGGAGGGAAUGAUGUGUCAGCGCAACUGCGGAAGUACCGUUCAGAAUGCACUCCUUCAAACAGAGGGAGUCCUGUCGGCGGAAGCCUCGUUUCGCCACAGCCAAGCAUGGGCCGAAGUGGCCAUUAACAACAACAACAACAACAACAGUAUGGAACAAGAAGUCGUCGAUGCCAUUGAAUGUGUCGGAUUUGAUGCCGCUCUGCUUUCCGAAGAAGAGGCACUCCAACAACAAAAAGAAAACGAUAACCAGCAACCAUCCAAUCCAACUCCACUGUUACAACAAGAAAUAGAAGAAUCCAGUCCCAACAGCGACAAUCCCAAUGUCAUUAUUUUGUCGGUGGAAGGAAUGAGCUGCGCCGUUUGUACUGGAAAAGUAGAACGAUGUCUGUUAAAAGUGCCCGGUGUCGCCACGGCAUUUGUCAGUUUGGCCACACAUCGUGCCGAAAUCACAUUCAACCACGUCGACGAAGAUGGCAUUGAACAAUUGGCACAAGAAGCACAGCAGCAUGUGGAAAAAUUGGGAUAUCCCAGUCAAGUUCUCAGUGCGGGAGGCGGCAAUUCCAUGACACUCGAAGACAAUGCCAAAACUCUGGAAAACGCCAAACAUUCGGAAUUGGUGGCCUGGCGAAAUUUGUUGAUAUUGGCAGUCUCCCUCUUGAUACCCAUGCUAUGGCUCAAGAGAAGCAUGGCACACAUGAAACUACACGCCAUGAAAAUGGACCAUCAUGGUCCUACCAUUUCUCAUGGGAAUGAACAAGAAGAGGGAGAUCUCUUUCACAACAGCAACAACAAUUAUACCAUCACCACGGAACAACUAAACAACAACAACACUACUUCCAUGGAAUUAUUGGAUGAAGACGCCCCCAUGGCUCCCAUCAACUAUCAUUUAUCCACCACAUGCGGACAAUACAUGCUCGCCAUGGCCAUUCUCGCGAUUCUAUCACAAACACUCGUCGGAUAUCGAUACUACCGAGCCGCGUGGCAUGCCGGAAGAGACUUUGGAAUGGACUUUUUGGUAGUACUGGGCACUACGGCCAAUCUCGUGUACAGUCUCUGUGUUUGGUUUUGGCUCUUGGUAGAAGCCCACGCCGCUGUGGCUCCCGACAAUACGGCACUCGAACCAACCUUUGGAACGGGAACCAUGCUAUUGACAUUUGUCACGUUUGGAAAAUUCUUGGAAGCCUAUGCCAAGGGGAAAACGUCCUCGGCAUUGGAGGCAUUGAUGAAGUUGCAACCAUCGUGGGCCAGUCGCGUCGUCAAGGGGAUGGAAGGCUGGCAAGACACCACCAUUGUUAGUGAUCGAGCAUCGAUGCCAAUAGAAGAAGAACCACCACAGCCGUUGCAGCUGUCGGCGUUGGAGACGGAAGAAGUGUCUGCCUGGGAUGUUCGAAUUGGAGAUUAUCUCAGAGUGUUGCCAGGAGCCAGAAUUCCCGCCGAUGGCGUCAUUGUGGCGCUUUCCUCCUCCUCUUCUUCCUCCGGAAAGACUUUGAACGAUGCACCCAGCAAACAACAAACCCAACAAGCGGUUGCCUACAUUGACGAAUCGGCCUUUUCGGGAGAGCCAUUUCCUGUUCCCAAAUCUAUUGGUGAAUCGGUCUACGGAUCGUCUGUCAAUCAACUCUCCGUCCUUGUGAUUCGGGUCACUGCGUGCGGUUCCAACUCGGUACUGGCCAAAAUCGUGAGACUCAUGGAAGACGCUCAGAGGCAAAAGGCUCCCAUUCAAGCGCUCGCCGAUCGAAUUGCGUCCAUUUUUGCUCCGGCUGUCAUGGGACUUGCCGCCAUGACAUUUUUGUUCUGGGUGGUGCUGGACUGUGAUGCCGAUACCAACCAAGAACGAUUGGUCAUGGCAUUUUUGUCCGCCAUCAGUGUCAUUGUCGUUGCCUGUCCAUGUGCACUAGGCUUGGCCACUCCGACUGCGGUCAUGGUGGGGACGGGUGUUGGGGCUUCUCAAGGACUACUGAUCAAAGGUGGCUCUGUGUUGGAAGAGAUGCAAGGCAUUGACACUUUUGUAUUUGAUAAAACAGGCACGCUAACCACGGGCAAAGCUGUUUUGGGGGAACACAGAGAGCUGGUUCAAGACCCCCAAGAUCCUUUGCUGCAGCAUUUGCCAUCCAAGGUACUGUCGCGAUCAGCUCCUAAAAACUCCAAGGGAGAACAAAAGGGGCACAAUCUGGCGUUGUGGCUGGCAUCUUGUGCUGAACAACAGAGCGAACAUCCAUUGGCGAAGGCGGUUGUCAAUGCGGCCAAGAGUCAAUGGGGAGGCAAUGUAACCUGCUCGCACGAAGGUGUGACAGUGGAAGACUUCUCCGUCACACCAGGAUCAGGCGUUGAAUGUGUCGUUUCCAAACCACACUGGGGUACCUUCACGGUCCGCGUCGGCAACAAACAGUGGGCACAAGAAACGGUUCAGUCUGGCGCGUUAGUGUCAUCCAAGGACACUACUGGCGAUCAAGAGAUCGCCGAGUUACGUCGACUGGGACAAAUCGGGGUAUAUGUCAGUGUCUUGGAGUCUGAAGCAAUGCCCGACCUUUUGUCGUCGUCGCCCGUCAAAACCGGUCAGCGACAGAGGCGUGUGGUUGGUGUUUUAGGAAUCGUUGACCCAAUCAGGGAGCAAGCGAAAUCGACCGUCGCAGCCUUGCAAAAGCUGGGAAUUGAUGUCUUUCUGUUGACUGGUGACCAUGUCACAACGGCGAAGGCAGUGGCUCGGCAAGUGGGAAUCAAGGAGGAAAACGUCUGUGCUGGAGUCAAACCUGAAGAAAAAGCUGAGUACGUAACCAAGCUUCAAGCCAGAAGGGGCUGGUCCUCUGAGGCGGUUAGAAACAGAGGGGGCGAAACGAGUGAAGGGGCAUGUUCUCGCGUUGGCUUUGUGGGUGACGGUAUUAACGACUCCAUUGCGCUGGCACGUGCCAACGUUGGGGUUGCGAUUGGUGCUGGAACAGAAGUUGCUGUGGAAGCAGCUGACAUUGUUCUGGUCCGAUCCAACCUACACGACGUCGUCAUUGCGCUCCAUCUGUCACGGGUCGUCUUUCGGCGGAUCCGAAUGAACUUUAUUUGGGCCAUGGCAUACAAUUUGCUUGCAUUGCCUUUUGCUGCGGGAAUCUUGUACCCUUUUACCCACUUUUGCUUGCCUCCGGAGUACGCUGGAUUGAUGAUGGCAUUUUCUUCCGUGAGUGUUGUAACAUCCAGUUUGCUUCUCCGAAACUACACACGUCCGUCUAUUCUCGAGGACGGGACUCUUGAGGGUGGAUCAGGACUACUGCAAGUUCUCAUGCACCCAUGCGACCGGCAGAGACCAUCGUCUCGAAAUGCUGCUGUUUGGAAAUCUUUGCAUGAAUACCAAACUGUGCACGACGAUGAAGCCGAUCACGAACUCGAACUGGUUUGA